AUGGCUUCGAGGCGUAUUGCCAGAACAGCUAUUAACUGGGGUGAGCUUUAUCACCAAUGUCCAAAACAUCAAAUUGAGCAAUUUCGUGAUUUGAAGACUAAAACCGAUGGAUUGGUUUCCAGAAUAUCAUCACUUCCUGAAAAACUUCCUGAUAUCAACUGGGAGCAUUAUAAGAAAGUUGUUCCUGUUCCUGGUCUAGUUGACAAGUUCAAGAAGGAAUACAUGCAGCUCCAAGUCGCUUUUCCGAAUGAUACGAAGCAACUUGGAAAGGCCGUUGAUGCUCAGGCUGCAAAGAUGAAUUCCAUGAUUAAGAAGCAAGUUGCUGCCUGUGAAAGCAUGAAGGCGGAUGCGACCAAAAUGAAAGAGGCUCUUAAGAAGCUCCCGCCUUUCGAUGAAAUGAUCCCAGAGAUCAUUGUCACAUAUUUUCCGGAUACCAAUAUGGACCCAUUCUUCACUGGCGAAGUUCCGAAAGUCGAGGCUCAGACUAUGCUUCAAAACACGGCCCCUAAGACACAUUGGGAUUUCAGUUAG